AUGCAGUCAGCUGGAGAAUUUCAGAGAAAACAAGGAAGACCGCAAGAUGCACCCCCGAUUUCACAGAACUUUGCUGGCGAGUUUGAUGGUUUCCUAUCGAGUGUUUUCCUCCAUGACGACGACCUUGAUCUGAAGAAGCACGAAGCCUCAUUGGACGGUUUUAGUGUCGAAAAAUCUGAAUACAGCCGUACAGUGAAGCAUCAUUGGGCAGAUGUAGAGAUGAUCAAGAGUUGGCUCUACGAUUGCGAAAACGAUCACGGUAGUGUGUGCAACGAACAUCGACAGUCUAUUCCCGAGACUGAAUCGCUUCUUCUCUUGGAUGUAGUGGAUGACUGCCUGGUCGUCGGCAACUUUAGCCAUCGAUACUUUGCUUUGAGUUACGUUUGGGGUGACUCGAAGCAGUUCUUGACCCUGGUGGAGAAUUACGAUCAAUUGCGCAAACCUGGAAGUGUAUCAACGCAGCGAUUGACUCAGACAAUCAGGGACUCCAUGAAGUUUUGUAUCAUCCAAGACGAUGCCGCCAACAAAGCAAAUGCCCUCGCCCAAAUGUGUUCGAUCUACAGUUGCGCAGUGGCUACGAUUGUAGCCCUAAGCGGAGAUUCUGCCGAUGCUGGCCUUCCAGGCGUUCCACCCACGGCUCGCAACACUACUGCAACUUUUAUAGAACUGGGACUGCACCUGGUCGAACGAUCAUUUUUUGAGCGCAUGCUGAGUAAUCACGAAUACGAUUAUGUGGAUGGAGAAUGUGUCUACAACAUACGCGCCUGGACAUUCCAAGAACGACUGCUCUCGAACCGGAGUAUAUACUUUCUCAAGGAACAGGUGUACUUUCACUGUAAAAGAUACCUCGUGUGUGAGGAUAGAUACGUGAGUGACAGAGUCAGCUUCUACACACUGGAAAAGAUGCGCGUGACAAGCGCAGAGUUAAAGACAAUGGCGAUCAAGAAUGGCACUUAUAGUCCGUUGGACGAGUUCCGCUGGUACGAAGACAUCAUCAAAGAAUACACAGCGAAGAUAAUGCGAUACCCCGACGAUAUCAUCAAUGCUUUCACCGGCAUACAGACCGAGUUGGGUCACAUGUUUGACUGGUCGUUCGUCGCCGGUCUUCCAGUAUCCCUAUUAGACAUUGCAUUACUAUGGACUCCUAUCACCACCGUCAAGCGAAGAGUCGUGGCCUCACCGCAACCCAGUUGGAGUUGGUCAGGCUGGAUUGGGCGAGUCGGAUAUGCAGACCUAGUACGCCCAGGCCAUAGACCAAUGAGCUCGCUGUUUAGACCCCUCGCGACACACAAUCUGGAUAGCCCAGAAAAACUCGUGCUCAAAUGCAUGAGCGUUGCUUCUAACGCUUUCGAACUCGUCAAAGCUCCAAAACCGCUGUUGGAUCCAUUUGGAAGUAGACACACUACUGAGGACACAUACUUUGUCUUUGACAGAGCCAAGCGGCGUUGCGGCAUGCUCAUAGGCCUUGCGGAGAAUGAUGCACUUCGCAGCAGCGCUGAAAACUUUCGACUUCUUUCGCUGUCUGUAUGGAAGUCGAACAAUAGCCUCACAACAAAUGGGCCACUCGUUGCCCAUCUUUCAGAGGAUGCAGUUUGCUCCGACGAAGAACUUUACGAUAAAACCUUGCGCGAUGCAGAGUGGUGUACCUGCAACGUUAUGCUUGUUCGAUCAGUAGGCACAGCCUACGAGAGAGUCGCAGUGGGCCAGAUACAUACAGACGUAUUGUCUGAAGCAGGUGAGACGCAGGGUGUGUUUAUAGUGCAAUGA